UUCGCCAGCUGAGGCAGCCCGUGCCAGGCCAAGGACGCAGAGAUUUCCCUCCUACUCCAUGGAGGUUGCCAAUCGCAGUCCACACACCCCUUCUCUUCCUUUGUCCACUCUCUCCACUCUCUUCGUCCACUCUUCGUCCUCGAAUCGCACGUCGACACACCUCGACGACGUCCUCCCCCUCUCCACUCUUCCAUUGCCCGACGCUCAUGCUGUUGGAUACCGUCACGUCCACGUCAGCGCCCAUCGUGAAACGGCAUUGUUCUAUCUGGUUCCUCGCAGGUGAACAGCUACCAAUCUGCUUCGCCCUGAAUCGCUCCGUGCCAUUCCAUCGAGGAUCCUCCCUGCUGGCCUGUCGUGAACGGGCUUGCGUGUGCGUGUACCACUACUACGUACGCAACUUACACUUCUGCAACCCCUCCUCAGUGCUGCUGGUGCUGACGGCAGUGCACAAUGCCGGGGUGGAGGGGGGCGAAUCAAGACGAGUUUUAGCCUGCAGCCUGUCAAUGCAGGUUGAUCGCGAUACACAUCCAUCAAGCCUCUGUUUACAUUUGCGAGCCAGGGGCGGCUGGGCUGCAUGCUGCAUCUCGUCAGAGAGCAUGGCGCUGGAAUCUCUUGGAAGCGAGGUGAACCAGCGGACGCCGGCUGCCAACCUCCAAGAUUCAAUGCCAGAACCAGGAACAUCACAGACACCAUCCACUCAGGCCCUACGGAGUAUCGGCCUCAACUCUCAUCAUGCAGGUCGGGAAGAAUCAGAUUGUCGCCACAGCCUUCAAUCACCGGCUAGUAAAUAAAGUCAGUCUCAGAGUCCCGGGUCCAGGCCUCUGCCGUCAAACCCUAAACCGCCUGGGAUGGACGGAUGGUGCUCAACAACCGCCCCAACGGCGCUUGACAUCUUACUUUCCACAUCCUUUUUCGCCUCCCUCUCCGAUCGUAACCAAUUGCGGUAACCACUUGGUGCAUUUCCC